AUGGCCCCAGCAGCGGCUUCGGGUGGCAGUACCCUGCCCAGUGGUUUCUCGGUCUUCGUCACCUUCCCUGACUUGCUCUUCGUCUUAGAGUUCAUCUUUGGAGGCCUGGUGUGGAUCCUGAUCGCCUCCUCCCUGGUGCCCUUGCCCCUGAUCCAGGGCUGGGUGAUGUUCGUGUCGGUGUUCUGCUUUGUGGCCACCACUUCCCUGAUGGUCAUGUACAUCAUUGGUACUCAUGGCGGGGAGGCUUCCUGGAUCACACUGGAUGCAGCCUACCACUGUGUGGCUGCCCUGUUUUACCUCAGUGCCUCAGUUCUGGAAGCCCUGGCCACCAUCACAAUGUUCGAUGGCUUUACCUACAAGCAUUACCAUGAGAACAUCUCCGCAGUGGUGUUUGCCUAUGUGGCUACUCUGCUCUACGUGGUGCACGCUGUGUUUUCCUUAAUCAGAUGGAAGUCUUCAUAGGACAGUGGACCGGGGACUGAAACCCAGAUGCAAUUAACUGGUCAGCCCAUCUUCCCCAUUAACUUCUUAGAACACAGCCUGGCUGGUGGAGAAAAGAAAACAAGCCAAAACCAAACCAAAACAAACACAAAAACAAAA